AAGCCGCCUGCCCGCCCGCCCCCUUCGCCUUCCCUUCUUUUCCCCCCUUCCCCGCUCCCCUCCCGUCACGACCGCGGAGCAGCACCAUGUCGGCGCCGGCUGCCAAAGUCAGUAAAAAGGAGCUCAACUCCAACCACGACGGGGCCGACGAGACCUCAGAAAAAGAACAGCAAGAAGCAAUUGAACAUAUUGAUGAAGUACAAAAUGAAAUAGACAGACUUAAUGAACAAGCCAGUGAGGAAAUUUUGAAAGUAGAACAGAAAUAUAACAAACUUCGCCAACCAUUUUUUCAGAAGAGGUCAGAAUUGAUCGCCAAAAUCCCAAAUUUUUGGGUAACAACAUUUGUCAACCAUCCACAAGUGUCUGCACUGCUUGGGGAGGAAGAUGAAGAGGCGCUGCAUUACCUGACCAGAGUUGAGGUGACAGAAUUUGAAGAUAUAAAAUCAGGUUACAGAAUAGAUUUUUAUUUUGAUGAAAAUCCUUACUUUGAAAAUAAAGUCCUCUCCAAAGAAUUUCAUCUGAAUGAGAGUGGUGAUCCAUCUUCAAAGUCCACUGAAAUCAAAUGGAAAUCUGGAAAGGAUUUGACGAAACGCUCAAGUCAGACACAGAAUAAAGCCAGUAGGAAGAGGCAGCACGAAGAGCCAGAGAGCUUCUUUACCUGGUUUACAGACCAUUCUGAUGCAGGUGCAGAUGAGUUAGGAGAGGUCAUCAAAGAUGAUAUUUGGCCAAAUCCCUUGCAGUACUACUUGGUUCCUGAUAUGGAUGAUGAAGAAGGAGAGGGGGAAGAUGAUGAUGAUGAUGAUGAAGAAGAAGAAGGAUUGGAAGAUAUUGAUGAAGAAGGGGAUGAGGAUGAAGGUGAAGAAGAUGAAGAUGAUGAUGAAGGGGAAGAAGGAGAGGAGGAUGAAGGAGAAGAUGACUAAUAGAAAAGAACACUGAUGGAUUCCAACCUUUUAUUUUUAUUUUUUAUUUUUUAAAUUUUCUCCAGUCCCUGGGAGCAAGUUGCAGUCUUUUCUCCCCACAACCUCUCAUGCUCAGUAGCCCUAUUUUUGAGAUCUCUUUUUCUCAACAUCAUGGUUCUCAUCUUAUUUUGGGGGGAAAUUACCCUGAUCAGAAUACAACAGGAAAAUAAUCUUUUUUAAAAAAAAUUGUUCUAAAAUCAUUUUUAUCCCUUCCUGUCUAAACAAGAACUGUAUGGAUUAACACCACCACCGUGCUCUGUGGGAAAAAAAGAAAAACCUUCUGCUCCCUUCACUCUGACAGAAGCUGGAGGGUGCUGGCCCUGUGUAGUAGUGCAUAGAUUCUAGCUUCUUUCCUCCUUUCUCUGUAUAUUGGGCUCAGAGAUUACACUGUGUCUCUAUGUGAAUACGGACAGUUAGCAUUUACCAACAUGUACCUGUCUACUUUCUCUUGUUUAAUAAAAAGAAAAAAAUCUUUUAAAAAAAUGGGGUAUAGAAGGUCAGCAAAGGGUGGGUUUGAGAUGUCUGGGUGGGUUAAGUGGGCAUUUUGACAACAUGGCUUCUCCUUUGGCAUGUUUAAUUGUGAUGUUUAAUGGACAUCCUUGCAGUUUAAGAUGACACUUUUAAAAUAAAAUUCUCUCCUAAUGAUGACUUGAGCCCUGCCACUCUAUGGGAGAAUCAGCAGAACCUGUAGGAUUUAUUUGGAAUUGACAUUCUCUAUUGUAAUUUUGUUUUAUUUUUAAAUUUUCUUUGUUUUCACUGGAAAGGAAAGAUACUGCUCAGUUUUAAACGUUAAGUGUACCAGUUGCUUUGUUACAAUAAAACUAAAUGUGUACACAAAGGGUUUGAUGCUUUUCUCUCAGAAUAGAUGCUUAAUAUGACCUUCCAAGUUUGACUUGUAUAAUAACUUACUGUCAAACUUUGUCUCCCUAACUUCCGUAUUUUUUGAUAACGCACUUUGCAGGAUGACCUCAGGGCUAUGCAGAUUCAGUAAAGGGAUAUGAUGUCUUAAUGUCGCCAUAGCUGGGUAACGUGGGUACAGUUUAUCGCCAUUGAGUUGUACCCUUGAUUUUUAUCUCCAUUUGGUUUUUUUUUUAAUGGGCCUUUAGUUAACCUAGAUAUUAUAAUAGCGCCUGCUACCACUGGCAAAGACCCGUUUCUCUAAUGCCAAGUUGUACAUGGGACAGUUGCUGGUGUGUUUUUCAUUGGCACUUCUCACUAGCCAAGAAGAUGGGCUGUCAGAGUAAGAAAUCUGUGUCAGUGGUUUUGUCUUAAGUCCCAGGUAUGUAGCAACAAGUUCUCAAAGAUGUGACUGUGUGAAUCUGGGUGGGAUUAAGAUGUCUGCUCAGUGCCAUCAUGCAAAGUAUUUUGGGAAGCUACCUAAUGCAUAAGCUUUUUGAUGCUGUAAAAUAUAGCUAAAAAUUAAAUGCCACUUUUUCUGAGGUGAUAAAUGGACAGCCUGGUCAAUUCAAGGCUUUUUGAUGUAUAAAACUUUAUAAAUGGAAUGAUUCCAUCAAUAGACAAAGUGUAACCAAAACCUGUCUAGAUGGAUAGUAUGUGAUUUCUCACAGGUCUGUUUAGUAGCUACAUCACUGUACACUGGUCAGGAAUAUUGCUCCAAUAAAGGAACAUAAAGAUUUUUUUGGA